AUGGUGAAAAAAAUUGAAUCGAAAGUUGCUAUGUUAUUUGUGUCUGUUAUUUUUGUUUGUUUUUGGGGCUUUGCUGAGGUUUUUGGACACAAGAAUUGCCAACACGAUUAUCCUAAACAUCAUGAGGUGUCACAUACAUAUGUAGAGCCCCAUCACGUGAUACGUAAACGAAAUGCAGAUCAACCUCUAAGAAUUUUUUUGUACUACGAUCAAAGUGUCUACAACUUGGACGAGGAACGAUUCAUGCUUAUCAAUAAUACUAUUCUUCCGGAAGCUGUAAACUUUUGGGAAAAAGCCCUAUUUGUGAGGAGGGCUGAUAAUGUUAUACGAUUGACAAGAUGUAGAGCAGCAACCCAGUAUUUUUGUAUAGCAUGUAGGGAACGCACCAUGUGCGGCGAAGUAGAAGUGCCCCAAGACCAUUUGGACGCUUGUAGAGUGUGCGACGCUAGUGGACAAUACUGUGGAGUGUUUCCAGGAAUGCCAGCCGGCGACGGUAUUCCAGAUUUCGAUUUUGUUUUUUACGUGUCCGCAAUGCAAACGGAACGGUGCAAUAAGUCUCUGACUGUUGCUUAUGCCCGUCAUUGCCAACAGGAAUCUGGACUUGACAGGCCAAUAGCUGGACAUAUCAACCUAUGUCCCGACAGUAUCAGUACCAAUCGGCAAGAAUUAGAAGUUCUACUGUCAACGGUCAAACACGAAAUUUCACACGCUCUGGGUUUUUCUGUAAGUCUUUAUGCCUUUUAUCGAGAGAAAGAUGGAACGCCUCGAACUGAACGCCGCCGGGACACUGGACAACCAUAUUUGAAUGAAACAUUACAAGCUUACCAGUGGAGCGAAAAUGUGAUAAAAUCGUAUUGGCGAACUUGGGUCGUCAAAGAUGGAUACGCCAAGCGACAAGUCCAUAUGAUGAUCACUCCUAAUGUAGUUCGUGAAGCUAGGCAUCAUUUCAAUUGUACUGAACUAGAAGGCGCUGAGCUAGAGGAUCAAGGUGGAGAGGAAACAGCCCUUACUCAUUGGGAAAAAAGAGUUUUUGAGAAUGAAGCUAUGACAGGUUCGCACACUCAAAACCCAAUAAUAUCUAGAAUCACACUAGCUCUAAUGGAAGAUACUGGAUGGUAUAUUGCCAAUUACUCUAUGGCAGGAGAAAUGUCGUGGGGUAAGAAUUUGGGUUGCCAUUUUGUGAUGAAAAGUUGCAAAGACUGGAUGGAUAUGAGAUCAUCAAAAGGAUUUUCGAUUCACCCAUUUUGCAAUAAAGUCAAACGGAAUCCGCUUCAAACCGAAUGUACAGAUGACAGGACCUCAGUGGCACUCUGUAAUCUUGUCCAAUAUGAACAACAACUACCAAGAAUAUAUCAGAAUUUCGAUUCUCUCCAAAACGUAGGGCAUGAAAGUUAUUAUGGUGGUUCGGUAUCCUUGGCCGAUUAUUGUCCCUACAUUCAAGAAUUCACUUGGAGAUCGAACAAUGUCGUUGACAGAGGAUGUCAUUGUCAGUACACGAAAAACAAUCCAAAGCCCGAUAAAAACUUUGCUUUGGAGAAAUACGGAGAAAAUUCUCUAUGUUUUGAACACACGAAUCAUGUGUGGGAGGAAAAAUCUUGUGGUCCAUUACGUCAAUGGAUGCAUUGGGGAUCCGGGUGUUAUGGUUAUCGUUGUCAGAAUGGGAGAUUGAAUAUUUUGGUGGGGAAUUAUUCCUAUGAAUGUUACCAUAAAAACCAAGAACUAUCAAUAAGAAUUACUAGCAACGGGUUUCUGCAUGAAGGCGGAAUUGUGUGUCCAUCUUGUGAAGAAAUAUGCUCUAAAGAAUUCGAAAGUCGAGGGGAACAUUGUGAAACAGACGAGGAAGCUCCUCUUUCGAAUUUCUAUCCACGUGAUGAUGACAUUCAAUGUGAUUCCAAUGUUGCCAAAGCUUUUCUACCAUUACUCGUCCUACUAGUAGCAAUUUCCAAACUAGUUUAA